AAUGUGGUGAGAAGCAGCUUCCCCAUUCUGACAAGCUACAGCCACUUUACUUAUCUGUAAGAAGUUAAAAACAACCAGAGAGCAGCAGGAAACGAUCGAGCUGCAAUGUAAGACCUAAAGACUAUUAUUAAAGGCAGAGUUAAAUAUAUUAACUGUAUGGAUAAAGUGACGGCUCGUAACCUGGCACGUUCGGAGUAAUGGGCAAUUUGCAGGCCAUACUGAAGUCUGGAGAGAACUUCAUGCAAACUACGACCACUGCAAACCUUCCAGCAAGAGUAAGUGAUAAGGAGCCAGCAGUGGUGUUAAGUGAUUAUCCUCCCCCUGAUAUCUGCGAGCCCCUGUUCAGGACAGGAGACUGGCUGAGAGUCUUAUCUGAUGAGGGCUACUGGGUAAAGGUUUACUCUCUGCAGACCAGGGAGGAAAACUACAUCCCACGCUGCCAUGUAGCUAAGGUUUACCACGGGUGGUUAUUUGAAGGUGUCGCAAGACAAAAAGCUGAAGAGCUGCUACAGUUGCCUGGGAACAGAGUCGGGUCUUUCAUGAUUAGAGAGAGCAGAAGAGGUAUGUAUAGCUUGUCUGUGCGCCACAGAUCUAUAGUGCAUUACCGGAUACUACGUCUGCCGAACAACUGGUACUUCAUCUCUCCACGUCUAACCUUCCAGUGCCUAGAGGACCUGGUCAACCACUACUCUGACAUAGCAGAUGGUCUGUGUUGUAUGCUUACUGGUCCUUGCCUGGCAGCACUUGAGCCAGUACGCAUCUCUCAGUCUUCUUCAAUAGUGGGAGCUCACAGCUUUAACUAUUCAACAGCAAACAGAGUGCCAAUGGAACAGCAGAAUACGGCUGCCGUCUCUGCACAAUGUGAUCCGUACAUCAGUGCCGGAGUGAAGGAGAGCGUAUCAGCCUAUCUCUCUCUGGCAGGAGUGGAAGAGAAAAAAAGGCACAGCUGGAAGAAGAAGAAGUGGAGAUCUAUCUACGCAUUGCCAUCACGACAGACGUACAACACGGUCACAGAGGAAGACCACCAUGAGGAGGAUUACUAAACAAAAAGAACAUUGCAAUCAUAACUAAAAUCAUUCUCCAAAAAGACUAAAUAAAAUUAACUUCUUUUUUCUUAAGAUUGUGAGGACAACUAGUCACACAUGUACGGAUAGAGAAGGCCAUGGCAAAUGAAGUAUUUAACUCAAACGUUUGCACAAUUUUGACAGUCUCACACUGCCUGCUUAUUAGUACCAAAGAUUAACAAAUAAUCUUUAUUCUUCUACUUUAUGCCUAUUCAUUUGCAUCGUCCUCUCAUGACACAUGCACUUACCAUAAGUAAGGCCUGGUGGAACAGAGAAGAGGACAUAGAUGAGGACAGAUGGAGGCUGGCAACGUCUGCACCGUUUCUGUCUGCUCCUAAUGUCACUCUAGUGGGAUCUCCUCCGAAAAGUGCGAUGUUCUCCUGUACCCAGCGUAGUGCCGCUACCUGGUCCUGCAGCCCAUAGUUCUCAGAAAGAUCACUGGAACCUGCCAUCAUGUAGGCAUGCAAACUUUAAUGAU